AGCCUACACAAAAAGCCUUUCUGUCGCGUUUUAAUGCACCCUUUAUCGCACCCUGUUGCAAUUGAGAUGCUAUCAGGGAAGAUUGGUACUGGUAGUUCCACUGUGGCCAGCUCUGCCUUGGUUACCAUCACAUCUGGAAAUGCUCAUCAAUUUGCAUCACCUUUUGGCUCUCUCUUGAUCGAUCCAGAUGGGAAUACUUACUUGUUUAUACAUCAGGGUCUUCUCAAGUUCGUAGCAUGUUUGAUUUUAGGGAACACUGGACUCUUGAGGGCGUUCUACAAUCAACUCUCCAGCUCCUCAUGGGAGCAUGGGCACCUGGAACACCCAGCUCCUAUUCCUAUGCAUGGACCAAAUCGGUUAAUUGGUGCAUGGAACAAUGUCUGGAUCCCUUAUCGACUCCUUUGA